AUGUCUUCUACCCCCACUUUGGAACCGGUGUCCGUGCUGCCCAAGGACUUCUUAUCCAAGUCUGAGGCUCUCUUCAAGGUCGUGUUCACUGGCCACACGAAAGAGGUCAAACACCAGCUCGAUGAGCUCAAGUCGGUGGGCGCGACAAAGCUCUCAACCCUACAGAAAGCGUCAACAACUGCACUCUCUGCUGCACCCGGAGAGCCCACACCUGUGCUAGACUUUAGUACCCUGGACUUUGGCGGACUCCACAGCAUCAUACUCCCGCAGAAGGUGCCUCCCCCUCCCACACGUCCCCCGCCCACGAACAACAUGUGA